UCGUGCAAAAAGUUGGUGCAGCAAGCUAUAUUAGUAAGAUCGGUGCAAGUGAACCGCUUGAUUAUCCGGAUUUUCCACUGAAGACUUCACGAACCUGGAAAAAGAAAUCGAUAUUUCCUCGGUAGAGGAAAAUCUCUGAAGAAGGACGAGUGAACAGAAAAAGAGCCGUUACGAAGAAACUCAAAGACGCGCGGAUUAAAAUCAAAGCUGAAAUGGCUGGCUGCGUCAGUUUCGUUUUGAUUACGAUCGCGACGGCGAUCGCGAUAACGGAAUCGAGGGUGAUCCCGACCGAGCCUGUUUCGGUCACGCUGGACGCUUACGGCAACCCUGUAAUGUUUCUGCGAGAGAAGAGGACGAUCGUGCGCCCUUAUCCGCACAGAACGAUGAUGUUCACUGGUUACUACAGGCCGAUACGUCGUACGGGUAACAACGGCGGCCAGGCAACGGGCGUCUUCGCGCAAGGAAAUGCCGUGAGCGGCGAAGCCUUUUUUAGCGGUGCACACACGCCGCAUUUUAAGGGCGGCCCGGAACCGAUCGGGGAACCGGAGGUGUCCAGCGCCGAGGCGCAAGCGGCGCCGGCGCCAGAGGAGGAGCAGGAGCGCGAAUAUCAUCACCAUCGGAACGAGGUGCAUCAUCGCGAGGAGGAGUAUCUUCAUCACGACGAGCCACAUUAUCAUCACCAUCAUCAUCAGGAUACGCUGACUCCUCAGGGACAUCACGAAUUGGAACAGAUUCCGUUAACUACAGAGAUUGCGGAACAACCAACGGAAAAACCGAUCACUGCCACGGGAGCGUCUCGACCGAAUGUACAUCAUACCAAGAAAACACAUAAGACACCCGUGACUAUCAAUCACGACGACGAUGACGAUGAUGACGAGGACGAGGUGGAUGAGGAAAAUGACGAACCGCCUAUGCCGUUCGUACCAUUCAAAGGCAACAGACGCCGCCAGGGAUAUCCCCAUCUGAACAAUUUCUUCCCUAUGAUCUUCAGCUUCCCGAGACUGGCAACUCGCGCUGGAUCCUCCGGGUCUCUUCCUGGUGCGAUCACUGCAAUCGCGAAUAGUUACUCCACGGGAAAAGGCGGAGUCGCUAGCUCGGUAGCCACUGCCUACGGCAACUCUCCGAUUGGGAAGAAACGACGCAUACAGCCAUAUAAGGAAUAAUAAUUUCUAAAGUGAUCGACACUAUCGGCGACGGAAAGUGUGAGAAUCUGGAAGCUUUUAGGAUAAAGUUACAUUCUUCUUUAGACAUCUCGUACUUUAUCCAUGUAGUUGUCAAGAAUUUUUAUAUAUAUUUUUCAAAUAUUUGUCAAAUAUAAUCUUUGACAUUUAGGAAAAAAUAAUACCUAACAUCGCAUGGAAAUGUUUCCGAUAAGACAGCAGAAUUAGGGUCACUGCACCAGUCGCUGAACGGUCACCAGUAAAUGACUGCUUAAGAAAAAUAUCAAAAUAAUAACAGUGUAGAAUAAUAAAUUGUAAAUUAAUUGAUAUUUUGAAAUAUAUUUUUUAUAAACAUUUGAUUAAAAUAUAAUUUCUUAUUUAAAAAUGUCAUUAUAUUACGUAAAAAAGAGAAAUAUGAGCCGGUCAUUUACUAGUGUUUUUGGCAUUUUCUCACUUUUUUAAAUAAAACUUAUUUAUUUUCUUAUUUUCUUCGAAAUAUUAUGUAACAUUUUAAAAGAAUAAAUAUACAGCUAUUAGUAUAGAAUAAUGUAU